AUGGCUGGCUCAAGAGACGACGGCUUCUCGCCGGCAGCAUCGUGGCAUACCGAGAACGACGAAAGCAACGAUGACGACAUGGACUUCGAGCUAGCAAGCGAGGAGUCCACGCCAUUCCGGCAAGACGACGACGAGGAUGAGGAUGGAGAGAGCGGGGAGACGACGGUGUACUUCGAUGCCGAGGAGGGGACUUUCCGGACCAGUGACGGCCAGGAGGUCGAGUGGGAUAUGACAGCCGACACGGACGAGACUGGAGAGGAGGAGGAGGAUGAAUCGCCGCAGGAGGAAGGCAACGAGGAGGAAGCAGAGGGCUCUCAGACACCACAGGCUACUGCCAGCACGGCACGACCAACCCAAACGAUCACGAGUAUGUCUCCCAACGCUGAGAGUACUGCUGGGGUGGAAGCUCGACGUCCAGGCAUAUUGAGACGUGCGAGCACCGCCACCCAGCUGCGAAUUCUCCAACUUCUCAGCCACGGCAAUCUUCGAAGUAUACUUCAGUCUACGGGCGGUCCGACGACACGAUCACGAGCACGGCACGGAGGGGCACGGCUUGCAGCACUGGAUGAUGACGAUGACUCUUUGCAGGACGAUGAUGAUGACGACGAAGAUGCGUAUCGAGGUUACGGUGCUCGAAGAUCGCGGAGAGCACGAAGGACCUUUGUUGGUGAACGCUAUCCAAAGAUUCCAUCGGAGGAGGGCAAGAAGUUGAUGGACAGCGGCACUUUCGGCACCAACGACCACUGCGACCACACAGCUUGUGGUCUUCCUUUCUCUGACACGCACAUGCGGAAACGCAAGAAGCUCGCUCGACGGAUGCUGGAUCGUGAGAUGGGUGUUGAGAACCGCGGCCGAGCUCGCGCCCUGGGUGCCUUGGCCUCACAGCAACUAAUUCCAUCUUCGAAAGCCGACCUCAUAGUCAACCUCAAUGCCCGCUGCUACUCUGGCCAAUUCAGUGAAGACGGAUCUUUCUUCUUCGCCUGCGGCCAGGACUUCCGAGUGCGCAUGUACGAUACCAGCAACCCAUACGAUUGGAAGUACUACAAGACUGUCAACUACUACGGUGGCCAAUGGACGAUCACAGACGCCAGCUUGUCGCCGGACAACAAGCACCUCGCCUACAGCUCGAUCAGAAGUCAAGUAUGUCUGGCCAACACCGACCAGGGAGACACCUCCGAACCACGACUCCUCGACUUCUCCGACACAGGACGAGGUGGGCACGGCUUCGGUGGUGGGGGCGGCUGGGGUCGCAGCCAUGGUCACUUUGGUAUCUGGUCUCUUCGCUUUAGCGGUGACGGCGGCGAGAUCGUCGCAGGCACUUCAGACCAGAGCGUCUACGUCUACGACCUCGAGGCCCAGCGCAGCAUCCUCCGCAUUCCUGGCCAUACUGAUGAUGUCAACGCUGUCUGCUUCGGUGAUAAGAUGUCGCCGCACAUUCUGUACUCUGGCUCCGACGACACUACACUCAAGGUCUGGGACCGGCGAAGUCUGGCGAGUAUGAGGCCAGCCGGCAUGUUUUUGGGACACACCGAGGGCUUGACGUAUAUCGACUCGAAGGGCGAUGGAAGAUAUGUCAUCAGCAACGGAAAAGAUCAGACGUGCAAGCUCUGGGAUCUGCGGAAUAUGAUCUCGACGGACAAGGGCAUGGGCAUCAAUCCUCAGGACUACACCACAAACUUCGACUACCGCUUCUCCCCCUACGACACCGAAUCCCACACGCCCCACCCCCACGACUGCUCCCUCGUCACCUUCCGCGGCCACCGCGUCCUCAAGACCCUCAUCCGCUGCCACUUCUCCCCCGCCGGCAGCACCGACGGCCGCUAUAUCUACUCCGGCUCCCACGACGGCCGCGUGUACAUCUGGAACCUGGACGGCACGCUCGCGGGCGAGCCCAUCAACGUGCUGGGUGCGACGAAGAACUCGCGACCCCAGGCCGACGAGCGAUUCGUGGAGCGGUACGAUUAUUAUGGGCAGGGAGGAGUGUGGAAGACGAUUGUGCGGGAUUGCAGUUGGCAUCCUUCGGCGCCGGUGAUUGCGGCGACGAGUUGGAAUGGGUGGGAUCAUGGGUUGGGUACGUGCACGGUGCAUAGCUGGAACGAUGGGGUGGAGGCGGAUGAGGUUGGUGAUGAUGAGGGGGCUGCUGCUGGACGAGGGUCGGGAGAAAAGAGGAGUCUGGGGAGUGCGCCGAUGGGGGCAAGGGUGACGGCGCAGUUGGGCCAUGAUGAGCGGUAUUACGGGGCGCAGACGGAGCGGGCGAGAGGGGCCAGGGCGAGAGGGUUGAGGGAUCGCAUGGGGUUGGGAGCGUUGUGGGGGGAUGAUGAGAUUGACGACGAGUAA